AUGAAUAAUUUAAAAAAGAUUUCCGUUUCUAAAGUUACGCCCAUACAAGUGGUUCCAUCAAAAGAAACUCAAAUUUUACCUAAAGAAAGCCAAAGUUAUGCUUAUCGUAUGAACUAUAUAAUAAUUGUUCAAGCAGUGUUGGGAUUUAAUCGAUUAUAUUUAUUGAAAUAUGGAAAAGUGCGGCUAUGGUUAAGUUAUGUGUACAGCAUUUUCUUGAUGGCAUGUAUAUUAGCUUUUGCAAUACUUCGUCGAUCAACUGCGACAUCAUCGUAUUUAGUAAUACAAUCUACAACAUGCAUUGAGUUUCUGCUUCUCGUAUUCAUUACUAUGACUUCUAAAAAGAAGACAUUAGAAAGUUUCUUCGAAAAUCUGAACAAGUUUGAUGAGAAAUUAAACAUCAAGGAUUGCAGCAUUAUCGUCUCUAAUAGUAGAAUUUUUAUUUGGAUAUUAAUCUGUAUAUUAUAUAGUAUAAUUGAAUACCUUCUACUCAUGUUUUAUUUGAACAGUGAAUAUGACUACUUUUCGGUGUUGAUCUACUUAUCUCGUAUAGCUCACGAUUUGGAACAAGUAUUUUUCUGUACAUUACUCAGGUCUAUUUAUUUAAGAGUUCGUGUUAUAAAAGGUCAUAUUUCUAAAACAUUUGAAGAAAAAUACAUAAAUGAUGAACAAAAACCGUUUGAAGCCUUGUCAAAUAACACAAAACUUGAUAUUAGUUCUAUGCACAGAAUGUACGAACUAUUACACAAGUGCGCUGAGCAACUUAACUCAACAAUGAGUUUACCGAUGAUUAUAUCCUUAUUUUGCUCUGGACUGAGUACGACCAUGCUGCUGAGGAUUUUAUUCAAAACACUACAAAUUGAUAGCUCGGACAAUAAUACAAAGGACGCAACAGUAAUCUACAUUUCUGCCCGUUGUCUUAAAUACACAUUGCUAGUGAUUUUUCCGUGCUAUUAUUCCAGUAUUACAACUACGCAAGUUGCAAAUAUUCGGACAAUGCUUCAUGAUGCCAUGAAUGGGGCCCAACUAGAGAAAAUCGACCGGCGGCGAGUAAAAGCAUUUUUUCAGUUGACUAGGGAGAGCGAAUUCGCCUAUGCCCUCUGGGGAGUAAUAAGACUCAAUAUGUCUCUGCCACUGAGCUAUACCAGUCUUUGUACGACCUACUUGGUAAUCAUAAUACAAUUCUCAAAGUUCAUAGACUAA